AUGGACAAGGAGUUUAAGGCGAUGUUCCAGCAGCUGAUGGAGUCGCAGCAGAAGCUCAUCACCGAACUGGCCAUGUCCCGGACGGCACCACCGACGACGCCCGCGCCUGGUACGUCGACGACCGAUGCCCGUAUGGAAGCUCUAGCCAACUCCAUGACGGAGUUCCACUACGAUCCGGAAUCUAACCUCACAUUCGAGAACUGGUACGCCCGCCAUGAGGAUACCCUGAAGUGUGACGCUGCCGGUUUGGACGAUGCUGCCCGUGUUCGUCUCCUGCUUCGUAAGCUCAGCGACGCCACUCACGCAGAGUACAUGAACCACAUCCUGCCGAAGAUGACGAGGGACUACAAGUUCAGCGAAACUGUGGACAACCUGACGAAGCUGUUCGGCGCUCACGUCUCUCUCUUCUCCAAGCGGUACCACUGCCUCACGCUGACCAAGAGGGCCUCGGUCGACUUCCAGUCGUACGCCGGGCAGGUGAACCGCUGCUGCGAGGAUUUCGGUGUGGCCCAGUGCAGCGUCGACGCAUUCAAGUGCCUCAUUUUCGUGUGUGGCCUACACAACAAGCAAGACGCUGAGAUUCGCACAUCUCUGCUGGCGAAGCUGGAAGGAAACGCGAACAUGACCCUGGACAACCUCACCGCUGAAUGUCACCGCAUCAUCAAUCUCCGCAAAGAUGCGUCUAUUGUGGAGGUCUCAACACACGACACUCAUCAGCUGAUCAGAAGCCCACUGCAACACGAUCGCGCUCCUCACAACUCCAACAACAACAAUCCACACAUUAGCAGCAACAGUCGUGGUGGCAGCAGCAAAAACAAUAACAAACCACGAACACCGUGCUGGAAGUGUGGCGAGCUGCACUACGUGGAGUUUUGUCAGUACCUGAACCAUCGCUGCCGGGAUUGCAACCGGGUCGGCCACAAGGACGGGUACUGCCAGUGUGUGCGGUCGAAUCCAGGUAAAAAGCGUCGCGAGAAGUCCAGCCAGCCAGUGCACACCAGGGGGAUCUACGUAAGACAGCUAGCUGUUCACCGCAACCGAAAGUUUGUGACCGUGGUGAUUAAUCACGUCGAGCUUCAACUCCAGUUGGACUGUGCUUCCGACAUCACCGUCCUCACGGAAGCCAGCUGGAGCCGCAUCGGACGACCACCAUUGGAGCCACCGUCGCAGCAAGCUCGGACUGCUUCCGGACAGCCGCUGGACCUGAUCGGCGAGAUCGUCUGUGACGUCACGCUGAAAGGCCUCGACUUCAUCGAUCUCUUCAACCUGUGGGAUGUCCCCCUGAGCACGGUUUGCAACCUGGUGACGUCAUCGAAGGACAACGUGGAGUGGCUGAAAGCGUCGUUCCCGCAGCUGUUUUCCGACUCACUCGGAUGCUGCAAGAAGGCCGAAGUGAAACUUUACGUUUUGCCAGACGUUCAGCCAGUGUUCCGUGCCAAAAGACCCGUGCCGUUUGCCGCCCUGCAGCCGAUCCAAACCGAGCUAGAACGCCUCCAGAAGCUGGACAUCAUCUCGCCGGUGGAGUUUUCGGACUGGGCUGCCCCCAUCGUUGCCGUCAAGAAGAAGUCCGUCAACGGUGAGCCAAACAAAGUGCGAGUGUGCGCGGACUACUCGACUGGCCUAAACAGCCUCAUCCAGCCGAACCAACAUCCGCUGCCAUUGCCCGAGGAGAUUUUUGCCAAGCUUACGGGUAGCAAGAUCUUCACGCACAUCGACCUGUCCGACGCGUAUCUGCAGGUGCCCGUCGAGAAGGAGUCCAGGCAGUACCUGACGAUCAACACUCACCUGGGCCUGUUCGAGUUCAACCGCUUGUCGCCCGGUGUCAAGUCAGCCCCUGGCGCCUUCCAGAAGAUCGUCGAGUCGAUGGUCGCUGGCCUCGACGGAGUGGAGGUUUACCUCGACGAUGUGCUCGUCCAUGGCAGAACACCGGAAGAGCACCGCUCACGUUUGCUGAAGGUCCUGGAACGCAUCCAAGAGUGGGGUUUCACCCUGCGCAUCGAGAAGUGCUCGUUUUCAUGCCGGAGAUCACCUAUUUGGGAUUCAUCGUCAACAACCGAGGAAUCAGGCCGGACCCGUCCAAGACGUCCGCCAUCUGCAGCAUGCCACCCCCGCAUGACGUCAGCAGUUUGCGUUCCUUCCUCGGUGCGAUCAAUUUCUACGGAAAGUUUGUUCGCAACAUGCACGACCUCCGACACCCACUCGAUGCUCUGCUGCGCAAGGAUGCCAAGUGGGACUGGAACGAAAGCUGCCAGGAGUCGUUCGAGCAAUUCAAGAACCUGCUCCGGUCGGACCUGCUUUUGGCGCACUACAACCCUGAGCUGGAAACUAUCGUCGCCGCUGAAGCGUCCAACUACGGUGUCGGCGCGUGCUUAAUGCAUCGAUACGAUGACGGCUCGAUCAAGGUGGUGUGUCACGCGUCCCGGACGUUGACGUCGGCCGAGCAGAACUACGGUCAAGUUGAGAAGGAGGCUU